AUGAGCUCUAUGAUGAAGCCUCAUGCAGUUUGUAUCCCUCUUCCAGCUCAAGGCCACAUAAACCCAAUGAUCAAACUUGCAAAGCUUCUCCAUUUCAAAGGAUUCUAUAUAACCUUCGUCCACACUGAGUUCAACUACAAUCGCUUACUUCAAUCUAGAGGCUCAGAUGCUCUCAACGGCGCAGAGGAUUUCCAGUUCGAGACUAUAUCCGAUGGCUUGCCACCGACGAACCAACGUGGGAUACUUGACCUCCCGGAGUUGUGCAGAGCCAUGCCGGUUGAGGGCCAGCGUUCAUUCAGAGACCUCAUCAAAAAACUCAACAAGGCUUCGUCGUGGGCGGACGUGCCAGCUGUAAGUUGUAUUGUUUCUGAUGGAGUGAUGGGCUUCACCUUACGAGUUGCUCAAGAAUUUGGCAUCCCGGAGAUGCUUCUAUUUACACCUAGUGGUUGUGGUAUGUUGGGGUAUCUACACUAUGAAGAUCUAGUAGAAAGAGGUUAUUUUCCAUUGAAAGAUGAUAGCGACUUAAGUAUUGGCUUUCUUGAUACCGUGAUUGAUUGGAUACCCGCAAUGGAAGGAAUUCGAUUGAAAGAUCUCCCCACCUUCCUCCGAACAACGGAUCGCGAUGAUACAAUGUUCAACUACAACAUACAAGCAAUAGAGAUUGCCAUGAAAGCUCAAGGUGUGAUCCUCAACACAUUUGAUGAAUUGGAGAAAGAAUUCUUGGAUGUGAUCACAACAAAGUUCCCCCAGCUCUACACCAUUGGUCCACUAUCACUCCUUCAACACAACAUGUCCACAACACAUCACUUGGACUCAAUUGAUUCAAAUUUGUGGAAGGAAGACAAGAAAUGCUUGGACUGGUUAGAUAAGAGAGAGCCUCAAUCAGUGGUGUAUGUCAACUAUGGAAGCCUAGUAAUAAUGACUAAAGAACAAUUGGCUGAGUUUGCUUGGGGACUUGCCAAUAGCAAAUAUCCAUUUUUAUGGGUCAUUAGGCCAAAUCUUGUAGAUGGUGGAGAAGAGAUUUUAUCAAAUGAAGAUUUCAUGGAGGAGACAAAGAAAAGAGGCUUAACAACAAACCAACUGCUUUUAUUUAUGUAUAAAUGGGGGUUUGGGAUGGAGAUUGACACAAAAGUGAAGAGAGAGAAGGUGGAGAGGCUUGUGAGAGAGUUGAUGGAGGGUGAGAAAGGGAAGAAGAUGAGGGAAAAGGCUAUGGAAUGGAAGAAGAAGGCAGAAGCAGCUACAAGAACUGGUGGAUCUUCUUACACUAACUUUGAUAUGUUGGUUAAGCAGCUCAAACAAGAGCCCAUUGGCUUGGAGAACUUGUCAUAG